AUGCAAACAAAAAAAGAGCAAUUAUUUUUAAAACCUUAAUAAAAUGUUGGAUCAUUAAAUUAAGAACCUUUAACUAUUAGAUUUCUUAGACAUUAAGCUAAAUCUUAAGAAGUAAUUAUUUGUUCUAAAUUUUAAUAGCUUUAUACUAAUUUCUUAUAGCAAAAAGAACCAAAAAUAAUAAAAUAACCUAAGAAGUGGACUUUGAAAUAAUUAUUAAAUAUAGUUGAUAAGUAAUCAUAAGCAAUAUAAACAACUCGUUUUUUUAAUAUAAGAAAUUUAAACAAAAGAAGUUAAGAGUAAAGUAAGGAGAAAGAUAAAUCAGAUGUUGUACCUGUUGUGGAAGAGAAGUUUAUUGAAGAAUAAGUUGGAGAAUCAGCAAGAAUAAGAUUGGUAAAAUUUCUUUCUUUUCACAAAGUUAAUUAAAAUGGAUAAGUUGAUAAAACUAGACAAGGAUUUAAUUUAAACUUAUCUCAAAUAAAAUCAGAGAAUCAAAGUUAAAAUAGUAUCAAAAAAACUUUCAUUAAAAUAAAUACUUCAAGACUUAGAUAAGAUCUUAAUAAUAGUGUAACUGAUUAAAGAAAUUAAUUUAAGACAAUAAAAUAGAAAAUGCAAAACAUUUUUAGUACAACUGAAAGAAAGGUUUUAGUUUCUUAUGCAAAUACUGCUUAACAAUUACAAUUAACUUCAGGUAGAAAAAGAAAUACUAAAAUUGUCAAAAAGUUUUAAAGAAUUACAAAAGAAAUAAUUUAGGUUGUAAAAUACAUGUUGAAAUAUAAAUUAUGGUUUUGUUAUCCUAUCACAUAUAAUAGAACAUUUUUAUAAAAAAUAUUAGAAAAAUAAUUUGAAUAGAUUAAAAAUGAAUUACAUUAAGAUCCUUAAUUGGUGCAUAUAAGAAACUAAGUAUUUUAUAUAAAAUAAACAAGAGCAUGGAUAAACUCCUUUGCAUCUAGCAUGCAUUUAAAAUAAUUUUGCUUUGACAAAAUUAUUUAUUUAAAACAAAAGCUAUCUGAAUAGUUUGGAUUAGUUCUAAUUAACUCCUUUAUCAUAUGCAAUUUAAUCUAAUUCUACGAUAUGUCUCAAAGUACUAUUUGAUUAGAUUAAAGUUAUUACUUGAUUCGUUGGCAUCUCCUUGGUCACCUCCUGGAUAAAUGAUUGAUUUAAGUAAAUUAACUCCUUUGAUGAAAGAGAUAAUUCUUAAAUCAAGGAUAUGUGAUGUAUUACGUAUUUGGAAGAGAGAAGUUAAGAUAAAGUAGUUGGUUAAAUAAUUUAGUAAAAAUAAAUGA